GUCGUAUUUGCUCCGACGUUCCUGGUCCCUGUCACCGUUAUCAGGUCAGACCCACGGUCAGCUGAAGCCAUCCAUCUCGUAUCGGUCGAUCGGCUACUAAUGCUACCGACAGGCCAUGGCACUGUCCGCGAUGCAGCAGCUCCAGGGGACUCAGCAGCCUGAGCAGGACGGGGGACACGAGCAUGGCUCAGAUCGAAUCUUUCGAGUGGUAGAGAAUUGGAAGAAGAGAUAUAAGAUGCGCGGGGACAGCCAAAGCGAGAUCGAUAUCACAUCCACAAGCAAUUGCACUCAAGACAUACGAAAAUGCAUCUCCUCAGCUGGCUCAGCUACUUCGCCCUUCUAUCCAUGGGAUCUACCAUCCCGGAGGCAACAGACUCUACCUCCACGGCAGCGCGAGUGGUCCUCACCUUUGACUGCUCAGAUGGCCAAGUCGGCGAGGUCUGCAAGAAUAUGUGUUAUGCCGUCAACUGCAAGCGCAAAGCCAAAAAACCUAACUUGGGAUAAGCCCAAUACCAGCAAACAGCGCGAACGGAGCUCCAAAGCCGGGUGCAGAUCCAACAACGGGUGCAGCAAAUCGCCCUACGGGUCGGGCUAUCAGUGUGACGAGUUUCCGUUCAAGUCGGUGCGCGAGGCGGACCGGGGAGGACAGUUAAAUCGGUGUGUGCUUGCGCGAUAUAAUCGACGCCAAGGCCAAUACCUCCGCGACUACUACAACUCCUACGGCGAAUUUCGCAACAAAGGGUGCGACAAGAAAAGCCCCUGUCGGUACACCAUCGGGUUCAAGAACGAGAAGCGACUGGAGUACUGCAAGGCGCGUCCUCAUUGUCGUAACGACGGUAACGAGCACACUAAGAGCGGGCCGGCCACGGUCGACGGCAACGAUACGGGUGUGGACGGGCCUGCUGGGGGUUAUCAUCGGGUGGCAUCUGGGGAUGUCAUCUAUGUUCCUGGUGGGGCGGCUGUGGGGGAUGUGGUGCUUCAGGCGACGUUUUCCAAUGCGACUGUGCCUGUUGCAGAGGAGUUUGGAGAGGAAGUGGACGAUGAAGAGUAUGUGGUUUUGGAGGACCGAGUUGUGGAGGAGGUAAAGGGGGAUGGUCAGGGUGUUUGAUUGGAACUGACUGUGGAUUGAGUAGUUCAAAUCCCCGACUGAUUCUCUUGUGGUUAUAUGCAACAUAUACUGCAGGGCAUGGUGGCAGAGGAUAGGAUACUUGGUGUCAAAUGACUCCUUCGUUAAAUGGAUACCUUCUGACAUCUAACCUAAUAUACUCACACUAAAAAGUCACAGAGAAAACACGAAUGGAUGAUAUUAAC